AUACCUGCUUGAACAAGAUUUUCCAGGCAUGCGGAUUGGUCCAGAGCCUACCACGGAUUCUUUUAUUGCUGUGAUGUAUGGAGAUUCAGAAGGAAAUGUUCCUGGAAAUGCCCUAGUUGUUGAUCCUAAGAAGCCGUUCCGCAAACUCAGCCGCUUUGGAAAUGCUUUCCUGAACAGGUUCAUGUGUUCUCAGUUACCUAACCAGGUACUAAAGAGCAUCAGUAUCAUUGACAGCCCUGGCAUUCUCUCUGGAGAGAAGCAGCGCAUCAGCAGAGGCUAUGACUUCUGCCAAGUCCUCCAGUGGUUUGCUGAGAGGGUCGACCGCAUCAUCCUCCUUUUUGAUGCUCAUAAACUGGAUAUAUCUGAUGAGUUUUCAGAGGCUAUUAAGUCAUUUCGGGGCCAGGAUGACAAGAUUCGAGUGGUGCUUAACAAGGCUGACCAAGUGGACACACAGCAGCUGAUGAGGGUCUACGGUGCGCUCAUGUGGUCCCUGGGAAAGGUGAUCAACACUCCAGAGGUGCUGCGGGUCUACAUUGGCUCCUUCUGGGCCCAUCCUCUCCGAAACACAGAGAAUCGAAGACUCUUUGAAGCUGAGGCACAGGAUCUUUUCAAGGAUAUCCAGAGUCUCCCGCAGAAGGCCGCUGUGCGGAAACUCAAUGAUCUCAUUAAGAGGGCGAGACUUGCAAAGGUUCAUGCUUAUAUCAUCAGCUAUCUGAAAAAAGAAAUGCCCUCUGUAUUUGGAAAAGAGAACAAGAAGAAGGAACUGAUCAGCAGAUUACCUGACAUCUACAUCCAGCUGCAAAGGGAAUACCAUAUCUCAGCAGGAGACUUCCCUGAAGUCAAGAAAAUGCAGGAGCUGUUGGAGACUUGUGACUUCACUAAAUUUCACUCUUUGAAACCAAAGCUAAUUGAAGCUGUGGAUAACAUGCUGGCCAACAAAAUUGCCUCCCUGAUGAGCCUGAUCAGUCAGGAGGAGAGCAAUAUGCCCACAGAGAUGGUACAUGGUGGAGCAUUUGAUGGCACCAUGGCAGGACCUUUUGGCCAUGGAUAUGGAGAAGGUGCUAAGGAAGGAGCUGAUGAGGACGAAUGGGUUGUUGCCAAAGAUAAACCUGCUUAUGAUGAGAUUUUCUACACUCUGUCACCAAUCAAUGGCAAAAUAUCUGGGAUCAGUGCAAAGAAGGAGAUGGUGACUUCUAAACUACCCAACAGUGUCUUGGGGAAGAUCUGGAAACUUGCAGACUGUGAUGGUGAUGGGAUGUUGGAUGAUGAGGAGUUUGCAUUAGCAAAACAUCUUAUCAAGAUUAAACUGGAUGGAUAUGAACUGCCUGGCACGCUACCUUCCCACCUGGUGCCACCAUCUCACAGGAAACCUUUGCAGACAACAGAGUGA